AUGAUCGUGUGGGCACUUGUAGUUCUUUCCGGUACUGCUGUUGCCCUGCAACCUUUACCACCGGUACAAUGGACUAACACUGAUGCUUUGUCACAUGGCUUUAACGGGUUCGCAACUCGCAACGCCUCCAGGUCCAUCUACAUCACGAACUCGUUCGCAGAUGUUGCGGACACCGAUGGACUCACUCUCAUCCCACCGACCGCAUUCCAGUUCGCGGAAACAUUCCGUGAAGACCUCUCGUCCUGGGACACGGCAAACUGGACGCUCCAACGAGUCGAUACAUUUCCUGCCAAUGCAAGCGGGAUUUUACUAGGACCGUUCAGAGGAUCGGACGAUGAAGUGACAUACGAGAACGGUGUCACAACUGAGGAAGGCUACGAGAUCGAGAUCGACAAUCGCACUGUUUACAUCGGUGGUAAAGGCGCUCGGGGCAUGUUCUGGGGCACACGGACAUUGAUGCAACAAGCCAUGAUCGCCAACGGGUCUUCCUUGCAGACAGGCCGCACUGUGGAUGCGCCGGCCUACGCAACACGCGGGUACAUGCUGGAUGCCGGGCGCAAGUGGUACACACCUGACUUUCUCAAAGAGCUUUGCACCUACGCAUCUUUUUUCAAGAUUUCGGAAUUCCACUACCAUUCUUCAGACAAUGCGCCUCUGAACCGCGGUCACAACGAAACGUGGGACAAGGUGUUUUCGCAUUUCUCGCUCUAUCCACAGCAAAACACAGAGCUUCAGGGCAUCAUCCAACGCAAGAACGAGACGCUGUCGCGAGCUCAGUUCGAGGACUUUCAAACGCACUGCGCGCAGCGAGGUGUGACAGUCAUACCGGAGAUAGAAGCACCAGGCCAUGCUCUCGCAAUCACAAAAUGGAAGCCCGAACUGGCGCUCGCGAAAAAGGAUCUACUGAAUCUCACCCACCCUGACGCGAUCCCCACGGUCAAGGCUAUCUGGAGCGAGUUCCUGCCCUGGUUUCAGACAAAGGAAGUGCACAUCGGUGCGGACGAGUACGAUUCCGAGCUUGGAGACGAUUACAUCAACUUUGUUAAUCAAAUGGCCGAGUUUGUCAACUCGACUUCUGGGAAAAGGAUCAGGAUCUGGGGAACACACGAACCCUCCGAGAACGUUAGCCUAUCGAAAAAUAUCGUCGUUCAGCAUUGGCAGUACGGACAGUCGGAUCCAGUACAGCUUCAGAACGAUGACUACAGUCUGAUCAACUCGGAAGACUGGUGGGCCUACAUGAGCUUGAAGAACGACCACACGCCCAUCCUGCCUGCACCAUACCCACAGUUCUACAACAACUCGAGGACCCUGAACUUCGCAGACGUGCCGGGGUGGCAGUGGGAUCCAUCGCUCUUCAACCCGGUGAACACGACAGAGCAGCUCGAGCCUGGAGCUAGCGGCAACAAGGGCGCGAUCCUCGCUGCCUGGAACGACAACGGCCCAGAUGCGACCACGCAGCUGGAGGCAUACUACGCUAUGCGUGAGGGCAUCCCAGUCAUGGCAGCACGCGCGUGGGCCGGGAAACGCGGCGUCAACAUCACAACCGAGAACGCAAGCGCAAGCGUACGGUACCUAGCCUCCAAGGCCCCGGGGCAGAACCUCGACAGGCGACCCAUCUCCCUGCGCCCCAUCUCUUCGACCGACAAGCCCGUCAUCUCGUGGACCCAACGAGACGGCGCAAUGGCGCAGACAUUCGGCAAGGGCUCCUUCGGCCCACCCUACACACUGAGCCUGAACGUGUCCUCCCCCUUCGCCAUCAAAGGACCCGAUGCCUCGCUGUCCCUCACCAACGUCAUCACAAACCCCACGUCAAACGCCUCCGUCUCGACACUCGUCUUCACAACCGCAGACGGCUUCCCCUACCCGCUCCGCAACGUCUCCUACACCGACUACGACCCCGGCCAUCCCGGACGCAUAUGGACGAACCUGUCGACCUCGACCCACGAGCCCGUUGCCAUUACGCUCCCAGUCCGACUGCGUAUCGAGACGGACAUGUACAACGGAAGCCGGGUGUGGGUGAACGAGAAGUUUGCGGGGCGGUUCGAGGUGUUUGUGUUUGGUGGGCGGAACACGGUGUUCAGCUGGAGCCAGAUGGCGCUUGUGGCGCCGCUGGAUAGUGUGAAUGGAGGAGUUGAUACCUUCAAGUUGGAGGAUGGAGUUGGUAUUUAUAACGUCACGGCUGGGAACGGGAAUCACAGCGCUGGGCCGCCUGAGCAGAAUGCUGCAAUGAGUGGGAAGAAUGCUUGGACGGUGUUGCAGAUGCUUGUUGGGUUUGUGGUGCUUUGGUUGGUUGUUUGA